CCCGGCCCCGCCGCCGGGCGUGCCCGGGCGGGGCGAGCGAGGCGCCGGGGAGUUGGGAGCCACAGCGGCGGGGCGCGGCUCCAGCCAGGCCAGCCGGCCCCUCGCCAUGGCCCUGCCCCGCACCCUGGGCGAGCUGCAGCUGUACCGGGUGCUGCAGCGGGCCAACCUGCUCUCCUACUACGAGACCUUCAUCCAGCAGGGCGGGGACGACGUGCAGCAGCUGUGCGAGGCGGGCGAGGAGGAGUUCUUGGAGAUCAUGGCGCUGGUGGGCAUGGCCACCAAGCCCCUGCACGUCCGGCGCCUGCAGAAGGCCCUGCGGGAAUGGGCCGCCAACCCCGGCCUCUUCAGCCAGCCCGUGGCCUCCCUGCCCGUCAGCAGCAUCCCCCUCUUCAAGCUCUCCGAGAGCGGCGGGCGCAAGUCGCUCAGCAACGGGCACGCCAGCCCCGGCGAGGCCCCGGGCAAGGCCACGCCGCCCGCCCGCAGCCCCUCGGAGCCGGGGGAGAAGCUCUCCCCCCUGCCCGCCCCCCAGUGGCCGGGGCGGAGCACCCCAGAGUCGGAGGGGGGCGGCGCGGAGGAGGACGGGGGGCCGCCCCCCUUCUCGCCGGGGGCGGGCGGGGAGCCGGCCCCGGAGCAGCUGGAGCCGGAGCUGGCGAGGACGGUGGCGGAGAGCGUGGAGCGGCUGCUGCAGAGCUGCCCGCGGGGGGGCGGGCCCGGGCUGCGGACCCUCAUGAAGCUCAACAAGAAGCUGGCCAAGGCAGUGGGGCACAUCUUCCAGCUGGACGACGGGGACCGGCGCAAGGAGGAGGAGAUCCGGCGGCACAGCGCCAUCUACGGGCGGGGCGAGGCCCGGCGCCGCGACGGCAAGCCGCUCACGCUGCACGAGCUGACCAUCAACGAGGCGGCGGCGCAGUUCUGCCUGCGUGACCACACGCUGCUGCUGCGCCGGGUGGAGCUGUUCUCCCUGUCGCGCCAGGUGGCCCGGGAAAGCACCUACCUGUCCUCGCUCAAGGGAGCCAGGUCGCAUCCGGACGAGGGCGGAGCCGUGCAGCCCAAGAAGCUGAAGCAGGAGGUGGGUGAGCAGAGCCGCCCUGAGCCCCUGCAGCUGCCGGGGGGGUCGGAGUCCUACGCCCCCCCGUACAGAGCCAGCCUGGAGGAGGACGCAGCCAGCCUGUCGGGAGAGAGCCUGGACGGGCAUCUGCAGGCCGUCGGCUCCUGCCCCCGCCUCACGCCGCCCCCCAGCGCCGCCCCCGACCUGCCCCUCGGCCUCCCCCCCCACGGGCUCUGGAGCCGCCACAUCCUGCAGCAGACGCUGAUGGACGAGGGGCUGCGCCUGGCCCGGCUGGUGUCCCACGAGCGCGUCGGGCGCCUCAGCCCCUGCCUGCCGGGCAAGUCCCCGGGCCCAGAGUUCGAGGACGGGCUGGCAGAGGGGCCCCCCCCGGCCCAGGCCGAGUCCCGCCGGAGCAGUGUGAAGGUGGAGCAGGAGACCAGCCGGCAGUGAGCCGCCGAAGCCCCCCGGGUAGGGGGGUGGGGCCCACGGCAGCCCCCCCUCCACUAACAAGCAAUAACCCCAGGACUGGGGGGCCCCCCUCCCCGUGUGCUCCCCAGAGAGCCAGGCCCGGGGGCAGCGGGGGGCUGGGCAGCGCUGGCCCAGGCCUGGCCGCAGCAGGGAGGGCCCAGCCCGGUGAAUGGGACCAGCUGGGCACGGUCCCCCCGCCCCAGACAUCGCCCCCCCUCCAAACCCCACCCUAGCCCCAGCUCUCCCCCCAGCCAGCCCCCUUCCCCCCAGCUGGGGUGAUGAGAAGGGCCACUCUUCAGUGCGGGGGUGUUUUAAGGGGGGGUGACAUUCACCCCCCCCCCGAGAGGCAGGGAGAAGAGAGCUGGCGGGGGGAGACCCCUGGGGGGAGACCCCGGGAAGGGCUCUUGCAGGCAAAGCACAAGAAUGGGGGGGCUGAAGGGGCCAGGGGGUGAUCCCGGGGGGCCAGGGGGUGAUCCCGGGGGCCCAGGAGAAGGGUCUGGCCCAGCCUCCCCCAGUGGCUGUGGAGGGGAACCAGCCUGCCGGGGCUGCUGGUUGUGGGCUGAGGCUGCGGGCAGGGGGGUCCUGAAGGGGGAAAUCCCCCUCCCCCCCCACAAAUUCCCCCUUCCACUGCUGCCCCCAAAUUUCCCAGCCCAGCAGCGCAAUUGUCCUGGUCUGCGAGCCUCACAGCCCGAAAUCCACCCCCCAUCCCUGAUCCUGCCCUUGCCCAGCCGACCGGGCUGGGGGGGGCAUGCUGUCCUUUGCACACCAGCCCCCCCCCAACACACCCAGGCACCGGCUGUAUCCCCACCUCUGGGGCCGGCUGUUUGCACACAGCACAGACAAUCCACUCCCUGGGACUCUGCCCCAGCCCCCAGCAUGGGGGGGGAGGGGAAGAGAGAUUUAAUGGGACAAUCAGGGGUACCCCCCCCGCCCCAUGUCACCACCACAGGGGGGCAGAGCAGAUUAAAAAGCCACCUGGCUGGUGGGGGGCAUCAGGGAAAAGAUUGAGGGGCUCAGCACCAGUGUCACUGCCCCCAGCAUAUUCCACGGGAGGCUGUUCCCCUCCUCACGCGCCGGGGGGGGGUCCAGGCUGCACUUUGGAGCCCCCCCGUUCCCGGCAGCGCUGGUUCGAGACCCGGUCACGCUCCCGUCGGCCGCCGGUUUAGAGCAUUAGCGACGUUUCCUUUGCAGCCUGUACAGUAGAUUAUUUAUUUUGUUAUUUUGGAAUAAAACUUUAUUUUAUGGCUUAA